UUUCAGCAGAUUUUAUCAUCAGUAUUACUCAUGUGCUCACCAAUCAAAGUGACACUGUGGUAGAGAUAUGAAAGUAAGUGUGGUGCAGGUGAGCAUUCAGGACUCCUCUUUGUAAUUUGUAGCAAAUUACUCAAAUAUUCCACUCUUUUGUUGAUCUGUGAAUAUUUGAGAAAUGAAUUUUCCUCUGUAAACAUUGCUUUGUCUCCUUUAGACUGGCAGAGGACAGUGCAGCAGCCCCCACACAAAACUACAAUUUGCACAUGGCUAAAGUCCGUGGUUAUCUUACAGCAUCCUGGGCACGUGAAGUAGGAAUUGGUCUCUGCAGCAGGUGCUGCUUCUUGCAUUUCCUGUUCAUUUCUGUAGAGAGAUGGAGGAGCUCCUUUGCUUGAGCAAAUGCACAUAGUCUUCAUCCAUUCAUCAAAAAUGACUUAUUGAGCAUCUGUGAAUGUGCAGAAUGCUGUGUGCCAAGUGCCAGGACGAAUCCAGCAAGGUCCUGGCCUCUCUGGAACUUGAGGUCUGAAAAGAGGAAAAUACAUGACUGAGGAUCAUGCAGUAAGCAAACUGGUUCAUUUAAUUAUGCAUAUUUUUUCUGUUUGUAAUUAUGCAAGAUUAUGGUUUAACCAUAAUCUUAUAAUUAUAACCAAAGAAUUAUGGUAUUAACCAAGAUUAUGGUUCUGAUCCAAUUGUGUGCUUUUUAAGAAUAGGGGGAAAUCUCUUGCAUUCUUUCAUCUCAUAGUGCUAAACAAAUAUAUAUCAAUAUUUAAUGAUGGUUACAGGAAUGCUUUUAUGGAACACCAUAACCUGAGAGUUGUUGGAAUUACCUAGUGGGAUUUCAGGGGGCUAGAAAAGAUCACCCAACAAAUGGAGUUUGCUAAUAAGGGAAGUACUCAUACACAAAUGGAAAUAGUGUUGAUUAGGAGCAGUCAGACAGCUAGGUUUCCAAAUAGCCUCAGUGAGCCCUGUUAAGACUGAAACAUUCAGUUGACCUCUAGGGCUGUUCAGUACCUCUAACACUUGAAACGUGGAUUCAGAAGGAAAGCAGGAAUAGUGUUUUAGUAAAACAUGGAGAUAAAAAUUCUGGUAGUCUUUUUAUGAAAUAUGUUAAAAAAAUUCUUCUAGAAAGCAGAGACUGCUUGAAACAUUAUAUGUCAAUUUGGUAAACAAUGGCAAUAAUGAGAUCUUCCCCAAAACACUCCAUGACACUUUAAUGUCAGUCUUUCCUGUCUGUAUUUGGCAAACCAAUGAUCUUACUAUUACUACUUAUAUGGUUAAUUAUAGCAGUGCAUCUAGAAGUGAAGUCCAGAAAGUAAUGCCCUAGAAUGAAAUGUUGGUCUCGGUAGUAGGAGAUGCCAACCAGUCUGUUGCUUCCAGCUCCUUCUGUAGCACCGGUUUUGCUUGAGCUGAGCCAUUAACCUUUAAAACAGCCCAAACUGGGUUCAGAAAGGUAGCAAAAGGAAUGACAGGAAAGGCUGAAAACCUGAGAGCAAGGGCUGCUUCUGGGUUCUCAUUGCAAAUGUGUGGACCCUGAAAAUCUUUAUGAAGUAAGGGAGCUAUUGAUGUUAGUGAGCUUGAUCAUUUCAGGAAAAAUGGCCAUGAAAGCUCUGUAUGCCUUUUCACAUCAUGAGGUGUUUCACUAGGCAUUCUGUGAAAUGACAUUUUUAAAGGUUGACAUGCAUUUUCUUCAUUCCCUGUCAGCUAGCAUCUUUAGCACAAAUUCUUAGAGCUUUAUAUCAUCUAUGUGUUGCUGUACACUCUUGUGGGGUUUUUAAUGUCCUAUUUUAUUUAUGUAGUUGAAAUUUAGAGUGACUAAGGACAGAAGGAGAGAGAGGGAUGGGGGGAGAGAGAGAGAGAGAGAGAGAGAGAGAGAGAGAGAGAGAGAAUGUGUAUACCUCAAAACCAGUGGUUCACUACCCAAAUAUCUACAAUAGACAGUACUGGACCAAGUCAGAUCAAGAUCCUAGAACUACAGCAGGGCUUCCCACAUAAGUAGCAAGGGGCCCGAGUCCUUGGACCAUAAUCCAUCGGUUUUCAAGGUUCUCUAAUAAGGAGCAAGAUAGAAGGGCAGCUGGAUCUCAAAUCAGCAUUCCAAUAUGGAGUGUGGCAUCACAAGUGGUGGUGGACUCAUCCACUGCAACAUCAAGCAAGCUUGUCUCAACCUCCUGUGCUGGGAGGCUUACCUUAUGUAGAAGACAUUGAAACCGAAUGCUGAGGAGUCACGGCUGACAUCCACACAUUGCUCUACACAGAAAAUGCAGCAUUCUAAGAGUGCGGUGGGCCGCUGGUCUGGAUUAGCUAUCACUCAGUUUUUCUUAUCAUAGGUAGAGGAAUGAAAACCUGUUGCAGUUGAGCCCAUCAACAUCAGUAGUUGAGACUUAAACCAUACCUGAACUUUGAGUGAGAUCCUUUUCCUAGUGUUGUCAGUCUGAGAAGCCAGCCUCCAUGGGAAAGCUUAAGCAGAGUAUACUCACCCAUGAAAUUUGGAUUUUGCUGCAUUCAAACAGAGAAUAUCAACAGUAUUCCACUGUUAGAUGAUUGACUACAGAAUGGAAGGAAACAGAAGACAGAAGCCUUUAUCUGAACCUUUCUUUGCUUAAAGAAUCCAUCAGGGAUGCUGAUUCUCAGGAGCCUGGCACCUCAAAGGAUGCAAGUGCUUCAAAUGGACCUGUCCGAAGACUACUGGUGCACGGUCCGAUAAAGUUAAGAACGGGUGAUAAGAAAACAAAGCGUCAGGCUUUUUUGUACAAGGAUGAGCUGAAGAUUUCCAAUGUUCGGUACGGCAAAAAUAUUUACUACAAACAUGUAAUCCCUGUCAAUGAAAUAUGGAUUUCCAAAUGCAUUGUUGAGGAAGGUGAUACCAGUGCCUCCAGGUGCCUGAAUAUUGGGUGGCCAAUGGUCAACUACAGGGCCAAGUUCUUUUCCAGAACAUUCAUGGAAAAAUGGGAACGCUUGCUGGACAGGUGUAUAACUGAGUCGAAAGAGAAAGAUCAAAAGCAGACCACACUUCUGCAGAUAGAAUCACUCACCGAUAGCAACAUUCCUUAUUCUGGAAUUAUAACAGUUACCAAUUUAGACACCGUGAAUGACGUUAUCCAUAUGGCACUACCAGUGCUAGGAUUAAGUGGCUCAGAAACGGACUACCAAAUGUGGGUCUAUUCAAACCAGAGAAAGAACUCUUACCCACUCAUUGGGUAUGAAUGUCCAUAUGCUAUUCAAGCAAGCUACCAUCGAGCUGCUCUUCAUAAUCAUGAACCGGGGAAGUCCACCUCCACCCUGAGCAUGGAGGAUCCUGUUCUGGACAUCUUGUCUUAUGGAGGGAUCCAGUUCGUUUUGAAGCCCAGGCACGUGGCUGAAAGGCCGCGCCGCUGCGGCUUUCCCACGAACUGGCUGUCUUGCUGGGGCAUUACCAGAAGCCAUAAUGACGUGCCCCAGGACGCCGCUCCUGCUCUUUCAGUGCCAACAUUCCUGAGAGUGUCUGGUGUGGAGGACCUGAUGCUCACGCUUUGGGAGUUGAUCCGCCUUAUCAAGCAGAAAGGGCCAAAGACAGAGAAUAUUUUUCAAAUAGUUGGUGACCUAAAGUCAUUUAUAGCCCUGAAGGAAAGAUUCAAUACAGGAGAUAGAGGCGACUGGGGCAAUGAAUCGCCACUUGUGUUAGCAACACUAUUAAAGGAUUGCCUUCGAGCCUUUCCUAACACCCUGUUUUCAGCUGACCUCUAUGAUCAGUGGCUGAAUGUUCUUGAUGAAGGCAAUGACGAGGAGGCCAGAGACAUCCAGAGGCUUUUAGCCCAUCUGCCCAGAGCUAACGCAGCUGUCCUAAGACACUUGUUUUCAUCAUUAUAUGCAAUCUCACGUAAUGCAUCAUACAAUCAAAUGACUACAUCAAAGUUAGCUUUGUGCAUCACCCCGAGCCUUCUGUGUGUCUGGCGAUCUACUUCAACAAGCCCAGCCCUCGAAGGCGAAUUGAGGAGAAAGAUUUCCCUUGUGGAGUUUAUGAUUGCAAGUUAUCCCAGAAUAUUUGGAGAUGACCAGAAGUCUAAGAAGAGCUGUAUGAAUUCCAAAAGAAACUUUGGAGAGAGUAGCCGGCAAGUCAUCGCCACUGCGGGGCAGAGUGCUGCCGGCCUAGAUGCCGAGCCUGACAACCGAGAACCAGUGCCGGACGUGCCACAGCCAGGCGUGACUAUGAAUGCUGAAACCAAGCCCCGCCACGGAAGUAUGAUAGUCUCACUGGAGUCAGACCCAGAAUCAGGCAUGGUGACUGACUAG